GUAUCAUUAUACGUGGUCGCAGCGAACGGUGUGCACUGCUGCUACAGUCUACUCGCGCGUGUGUCUCUAUCUCUGUUAUCCACGAUAGCCGUUUUCUCCGAGUGGUGCGCGACCGGACCGCGAGUAUAACGUGAUAAAAAAUAGAUAAUAAAAAGGUACAGCGAACGAACGAGUAAAUAAAUAAAUUCGGGGUAAAUGAUUCCGCGCGUUUCCUCGUAUCCGGAUGAUAAUUGUCGAGGCGAAAAUUCGCGUUUCACGUACCUUUUGAAAACCGCCCCGCGCGACAUCAAUUAAAAGGCAAAAAUUGAGGGGGAAAAAAACGGAGAAAAAUUACGUAUACGAUUUUAGCUGCAAGCCGGUCUCCCGUAGGCCUAGACAGUUCGCGGACAACUGGUCUCAAAACCUUUUUGUACGCGCGAGCGACUUAAUAUCAAAAUUGCAGACAAUUAUUAUAAAUGACCCGUAAUUACGAUUGUUGCAGGGCGACACACGCAUUACCCCCGUUGCUUUCUCGACCGCCUAAUUUAACCCUUGCCUACUGAAUUAUAGUGUUAUUGAAACCAAUUCGCGGUAACGAGAUAAACAAAUAAAUAAAUAUACCACUAUACGCGGAUACACGUCGAAACACUUGGAUAAAAUUUUAUAGGUCGAAUUUAAUUUUUUUCAAAAAAAAAAGAAACCAAACCAAAAAGGAAAAGAAACUUUCGAUAAAAGCUUCGAUUCUACGCUUCGUCCUUGAUGACCGCGUUAUCAACGUUUAUCAACUGUAACAUUAAUACGAAAUUCAUGAAAAAUUUAUUCGUCGAACAAGUGCAAGUUUGUGACUAUGUUUCGUUUCUUUUACCGCUACCUGAGUUCAUCCCUCGCCAAAGAUCCUUCAGUGUCAAGCUGACGUUCGGGGCAUAGACAACCGCUUGUCUAGUUGCGCAGCCACAAGCCCCCGAUAUUCUAUUUUCUAAAUUCUUUAUUCGAGCCGGAAUCUGAUCCUGGGAAUUUCUUGCCACUGCGGAAUUUGGAUUUUUCGAUUUUAUCGAGCGACGCAUGACUCGCAACCAUGUCCCGCAUAUAAUAACUUCGAUGAGGGAUAAUUAGAAUGACGAUACGCAGUGCGGACAAUAUUCAAACGAAGAGUUUCUCGUUAUUCUUUUUCUUUUCAAUCAAUUUUUUGUGAACUUGUACCGCCUCAUCCGUCGCUUCGACAUCGGAGUCGAUAUAGUAUAUAAAACCAAGUGAAGUGCCCGACGAAGUGAAAUGAUCUGAGUGAAGCCAAUCCAUCGAAUACCACUGCAGAUGUGCGACGAACUCGAGAAAAUCAUUUGAAAAUAAUCAGACCGAGUUUAGAAAUUAUUCAAAAUAUCAACGACCAUCGGUACACCGGACAUUAAAAAUAUCGCCCCAGCGGGUUUCGCACCCAGAUCGGACCUCAGGGUGACUAAUCGGCGACUCCGAGCGCGGACCGAUAGAGAAUAUACAGGAUCGAAUCUGGAAAUACCAACGUCGAGUGAAUCGAGUUCCGUAAAUGCUCUGUGACAGUGAUCGAAAGACGUGUAUCGGUAGUGUGUAGUUGAGCCGGUGUUUUUUGGCCAGCCCCAAAAUUCGGGCCCCGAGCGUUAUCGGGGCGUCGGCGACGGCGACAGCGACGGCGAAAAGUUGCUGCAGUGUAGGCAUUGUGUCAACUGUGGAGCGUACGGGAAGUACAACGACGCUUAAUUUCACGGACUUGGGGAGCCCCUUCGGGGCGGGCGACCCGUGUCCUUCGAGCACCCCGACGCCGAACAGCAUGAGCGGCGGUACGUCCGGGGGCGGCGCGGGGGGAGGGGGCGGGGGCGGGGGCGGCGGCGGUUCCGACAUGGAGCAGCAUCUUCACCACGCGGGCCUCGGUUCCGUGACUCCCGGACCGGCGGGGAACGGCGGUGACAGCGCCUCCAGCACCCCGGUAUCGCAGUCCGGCAAAUCGGCGUUCAUCGAACUCCAGCACAACAACCUCUACAACCCCGCCAGUCUUCGGGGAGGAUACCCCGGGGGCCACAACGUCCCGGGAUCCCAUCAGUUUCCCCACCAGGUCGGCUCUCUGGGCCAUCAAGGAUCCGGUCCCGGAAGCGGAAACCAACAGCACGCGGACAGCGGAUUUCCGAGUCCAAGAUCCGCCCUGGCCGGCUAUCCCUUCGCCCCCAUGCAUCAGCACAACACCUACGGUUAUCAUCUCGGAUCUUACGCACCGCAAUGUCCGUCCCCCCCGAAAGACGGGGAAUACCCGAACUACCUCUCUCCUCUGGGUGACAAGAGCGGUUCCCUCGUCGACGAACUCGGUGGAGGCGGCGGUGGAUCAUUGAGAAAUGGAAAGGGGAAAAAAAUGAGAAAACCAAGAACGAUCUACAGCAGUCUACAGCUACAACAGCUCAACAGGAGGUUCCAGAGGACGCAGUACCUCGCUUUGCCAGAAAGAGCCGAACUCGCCGCCAGUCUCGGACUCACGCAAACGCAGGUGAAAAUCUGGUUCCAAAACAGGAGAAGUAAAUACAAAAAAAUGAUGAAGGCUGCGCAGCAGGGAGGUGGCGGAGGAGGAGGUCAGCAUGGGAGUCUUCUCGCAGGCGGAACCGCGCUCCCGGGUGGUCCAUCACCGCAACCCGGACAACCUGGAAGUUUGAUGCAAGGAGGAGGAGGAAGUUCGGUGUCCGGAAGUCCGACGACGGGGUACCUCGGCGGUAUGGGUGGAGGUGGGGGUGGCCACACCCCCGGAAGUUCAAGUCCCGGUAGCGAAAUGUCACCCCAACAUAACGAGAGUCCACCGGCGCCCGUGUGGCCCGGUGAGAUGAAACAUCAUCCCCAUCCCCACGGACCGCCCCAUACCCAUCACCACCCCCAUACGCCAGGUCACCAUCCGCCCCCGCCGCCACCCCCUCCGCAUCACGCAGGAUACAUGCCGCAGUAUUCCUGGUACCAGGCCGAUCCGAAUCCAGGGCUGCUAACGUGA